AUGUCGGUCGUUGGCAUGAAAUACAGUUUAAUCCCUAGGGAGAACAGGGUUGCCAUAUACGAGUAUCUGAUUAAAGAGGGCGUUCUCGUUGUUCAGAAGAAUCCUAAGAUUCCUGCUCAUCCUGAGAUCAGUGUUCCCAACCUUCACGUUCUCAUGAUUAUGAGGUCUCUCAAGUCCAAGAACUACGUUGAGGAGAACUGCAACUGGCAGCACUUGUACUUUACUCUCACUGACCAGGGCAUUGAGUUUUUGAGGAGCUACUUGCACCUUCCUCCUACUGUUUUCCCUGCCACUUUAACUAAGAAACAGACUACUCGUGCUCCUCUUAAGGAGGAGGUUGCUUGA